CGCGACGCCCGAUCCUCACGUCAGUCGUGCGUCGGCUGUCGUGUGGUACGCACGUGUCUAGUUAACUACCGCUACACGCGAUAAUGCAGUGAUUAUAUCGCGUACCAGUGCUCUAGUGAUUUAUAAACAAUAUGGUGACGGGGAUUGCCAACGGGCAGCAGGGUGGCUCUAGUCCGAUCGCAAUGGUAAACAGCAACAUGACCUCUCCAGUUCAGACUGAACAGAAGAAGUCUUCAGGAGAUAAUAGAAGAAGCAAUAAGCCGAUAAUGGAGAAGCGGCGACGGGCGCGCAUCAACAACUGCCUCAACGAACUUAAGUCGCUCAUUUUGGACGCCAUGAAGAAAGACCCAGCCAGACAUUCGAAAUUAGAAAAGGCGGACAUCUUGGAAAUGACAGUUAAGCAUUUAGAAGGGCUUCGUAGUGAAGGUGUUGCAUCCCCGGAUAGAUUUAGAGCGGGCUAUCGUCACUGUCUCUCAGAGGUCGCGAAGUAUCCAGGAUUGGAAGCGGGACUUAAACGGAGGCUGGUGAGACAUCUGGAGGGGUGUGUGACGCCAGGAGCUAGGCCGGCCGCCGCGCCCACACCGCCUUCUGACAACGAAGAUCAUGUCACACCGCAGCAUUCGACAAUAUUUAUCUCAGCUGGUCCGGGAUCAGGCGUAAGGCUCGUCCCCACCAGGCUUUCAAACGGUGACAUAGCACUCGUCCUACCAGCGGGAGUCACUACGAGUACCCUCGGGGCUCUGCCAACCCUGGUUCCUCUAUCACCGCAUGAAGGCACUUCAUCAACGUCCUCAGAAGCACGUUGCUUUUCCCCAGCCAGCUCAGGCUGGGGAACCCCACCACCUAACGAUGAAUCAGUCCCACUAGCUCUUAUCACUAGAAGGCAGUCCCCAGAAGAAAAACCUUGGCGACCUUGGUGACAGAAACUUUGAGUGUAGUUAUUUCUGUGAUAUACCUUAGUACGUGUACAUU